UAAGCCGGUUGCCCCCACCUUGGCUUACUGUGGUGUGCUACUGUAUAUGUAAUCUAGUUAGUAUUUACAUAUAGUUCACUCACGUGCCAUGGGUUGAUAUAAAUUUUCAAACGUCAGUGUAUGACGUUAACAUAAUUUCCGGCAAAUAUGUAACAUAAACAACUAAUUAAUAUAAUACAUAAUUACAAAACAUUAGAUGUAUGCUCUAAGUUAACUGUAAAUCGUUGUAUAAAGUGUAUUAUAGAUGUACACGUAAUCAUAACUAUAAAACCGUUUAGGGUACCUGACUAUUUUCAAUAAUAUCUACAUAUAUUAAAAAUAGUAGUUAAUAGAUAUAAUUUCUGAAGUUGUUAUGUAAUUGCAUAAAAAAAUACUGAGAUCAUUGUAAUAUUUGACUUCUUAAAAAUGAUGUUAAAGUUUAACCAAUUGUAUGGAAAACCUGAAUGUUUACAACCUAUUACAAUUUUGGAUAACAUGAUUACACGAAGAUUCAAGCACAACGAUCAUAUGAAGCAAUGGUAUCAGUCAUUAGAUGUUCCUGAAAAUUGUGAAGAUGAAGCCUUGAAAUUAGCAUUCGUCCAAUUAGCAAAAAGGUAUCACCCAGAUAGUGGUUCACCAGAAGCUAGUUCAUCCAAAUUUAUGGAGAUUGAAAAUGCUUAUAGACAAAUACGUAAGGUAAGAAUGGAACAAAAGAAAACAUCUACAUCUUUACCUGAAGUCGAAGAAUUUGAUAUUAGACAUACAGCUCCACAACAUCGUCAUUAUUUAACUUAUAAUGUGGGAGUUGGAACAUAUAGUAAACGAGAAAAAUUAUAUACUGCACAUAGGGCUCAGAAAGCAGUUGAUAAUGUAAUGGAGCAUAGACUUAAGAAAUUACAGGCUGAAGAACGUGAUACCUUAGCUGGGAAAGAUAAAGAGCGUGCAAAAGAUAUCAAAACCCGGUUUGGAAUGGACCGUUUAGUAGAAGACUUGAUACAAGAUGCAAUGAAGAAAGGUGAAUUUAAUGAUUUACCGGGGACGGGUAAACCUUUGAAAGAAAAUACAAAUCUUCGAAGUCCAUACGUUGACUUUGUAACAUAUAAAUUAAAUGAGAUACUAAUAGAAAAUGGAUUUACUCCCGAGUGGAUCCAAUUAUCUAAAGACAUUAGAGAGGAAACUGAGAGUUUAAGAAAACAGUUAAUUGAAAAACGAAAUGAGGUUGGCCCCCUACCACUGAAUAAUAGAGACGAAGCUACUUGGAACAAAAUUAUAGAAAAUUUUAAGUCUGCAACAAAACGUGUAAAUAAUAAAAUUGAUAAAUACAAUUUAUUAGUACCUAUACUCCAGAAACAAAUGAAUCAUAUUAAAUUAGAAUAUUUAGCAAAUGAAGCACUUUCUAUGACACCAAAGAAAAAAAUUAGUAAGCGUUCGAAUUAUGAAAAUAUGAACUCUAUUUUUGGUAUGAAAGAAUAUAAUGAAAGCAUACUUGAAACUUUAACUUCAUUUUUAUCAAAACCAUUUCAUAAAAAAUGAAAUAUACCUCUUUUUACAUUGUAUGGAUGUUGAAUUUAUCAAUUAUUUCUCUCCAAAAUGAUAAAGAGUUGUAUAUAAGAAAUGAUUAAUAAACAGUAAAAAAUAUAUCAUUUAAUAGACAAAACGUAAUACAACACAUUGUAUUUUUAAUAAUACCAUAUAAUAGUAUUAUCUUCUUUUAGUUUUAUUCUUCUAUUAGCUAAGUGUUUUAAAGCUAGGGGAAAGAUACGAUGUUCGGCAGUUUUUACACGCUCUUGAAGUGUUUUUACAGUAUCAUUUGGUAAAACAGGUACUGUUGCUUGCUCAAUGAUUGCUCCAGAAUCUAUUUCGACCUACAAUAAUUCGUUUAUCACAAAGAAUUAUUUCGAAAGCAUUCUUAUUUUUGUAUUAAUUUAUAAGACAAUUUUAUACCUCUACAAAAUGUACUGUACACCCUGAUACGCGUACACCAGCUGCUAAUGCAUCCUCAUGUGCUUUUGCCCCUUUAAAAGAUGGUAACAAUGAUGGAUGCACAUUUAUUAAUGCUCCUCGCCAUUUAUGUACAAAACUGUUUGAUAGAAUACGCAUAAACCCAGCAAGACAAACUAUCUCAACUCCAGCAGCUUCUAGUUCCACAUUCAUUGCUGAAUCAAAAGCUUCUCGAUUAGGAUAAUCAGUGUUUUUCAAAACCUGCCAUAAAACAUUAAAUUAAAACGUUCAUUAUUACCCAAAUGUUCACUGAUAUGUCAAAAAUUAUAGAGUUACAAAAAGUA